AUGUUCGCUAUUUCUCGACUACCAGAAGGCCUCAUCUCGAUGGUGCUCGAACAAUUGGCCAUAAACGAGCUCAUCCUACUGCAACGUGUCGUCAAGAAGUUCAGGAAGUUGGUCAAUGCUCGAUGGCUGCUACCCCGAAAACUCCGGACGGUCUCUGUUCUUGGACGAGCACAUAAAAUCGAGGAAGAAGUUGGGGAGAAGGGCGACCCACACCAGCUUUUGACCCACGACGUCUGUAUCGCGCUGGGCGAUCGGGAUGGAUAUAUGAUUAGGGUGCACAGCCACGAUCAUAUCUACCUGAUGUCAAGAUGUAUGAGAGCAAUCAGUGUAUCGAAGGUGCCGUUCGCCCUCUUUCUCGAACAUCUACCGAAUUCGUAUUUUUCCAGCCACUCACUAUUCUUUACAAUCACGGAAAAGGGCUUCAAAACAUGGGGAUAUGAUGCAGCGCAAUCGCAAAAUAUAUGUCGACAGCGACUCGACGACGUUAGCCCGUUUCUCCGUUCCCUGAACGCUGCCUAUCGCAUAGAAAUAAGAGUGGCUGAUAAUUCGACCUUACGGAAAAUUGCGCUUAAUUAUCAGAGCGGAGGGAGAAUCAUCAGCAUUUGGUCGGCAGACAACAUCACACGCUGUCGGGAAUGUCAAGAGCGUGACGGCACCGAGAUACCGAGCAAAUGUCGCGUUUGUGAAGAUGUAUGGAGUGGAUGGCGUGAGAAAGGAUGCAAGUCCGCAAAACGACAGCAGAAAAUCCGCCUGCACACCGAGGAGACAGGCACUCGUGUCAUCGGCCGGCUUGCAGAUGUGGCGUUCAAUCCUGCGCGGGUACAUCGCGUGCUCUAUGAGAUAUUGACGAUGUGCGGGGACGACCAACAAGACAGCGCCGUGUUCUUGCAAUCAUUCAAGAAACGACUCCAACUUCUUCAUAGUGGAGAUCUACAGCUCGUCGAUAAGUAUGAAGGCAAUAUGAAGGAACACGCUAAAUGGAUCAAGGAAGCGCAAACGGCUGACGGCAGCCCAAUUGAAGCCUACUACUUCAGGAUUCGUGCAUCUGGCAAAGAUUACCGGGGCGCCUUACUUUGUAAUAAGUACAAGAGAUCGAUGCGCAUUUUCGAUAGA